AUGUAUAAAAAUUUGUUACUUUUAUCUUGUUUUCUUUUCUCUAUCACUAUAUCAAGUGCUUUCAAUAUUAAUUCCAGAAACAAUUUGGUUGGAUUUUGGGGUCAGAACUCAGCAUCUGCUGGAGGUAAACCAUAUCAAACACAACUUAUCGAUUAUUGUGAUAAAUAUGAUGUUUUAAACAUUGCUUUUUUAGUAAAGUUUUUUGGUGACGAUACAUUGAAAUCCAACAGCAGCAUUAAGCUUCCUGCCCUUAAUCUUGCAAAUUUAUGUUGGAAUUUCUUUCCAGAUUAUCCACACCUUAUGACCUGCCCAGAAGUUGGCACUGGUGUAACUUCAUGUCAAUCAAAGAACAAGAUUGUUAUUCUUUCACUAGGAGGUGAUUCAGCAGGUUAUGGAUUCGCCUCCAAUGCUGAAGCUGAGCAAUUUGCAAAUACUCUUUGGAAUAUGUUUUUUGAAGGUACCGAUACAAACUACCCAAGACCCUUCGGUAGUGCAAUUUUGGAUGGUGUAGACUUGGACCUUGAAAAUCGAAUCGGUACCCAAUACUAUGGUGCCUUCGUAACAAAGUUCAACCAACUUGCCCUUUCUGGUACCAAGAAAUACUAUAUUACUGCUGAUCCUCAAUGCGUUUUCCCAGAUGCUUCGAUUGGACCAUCAGCUGGCAGUGCUCUUUCCACUGGUCUAUUAGAUUUUAUCAGUAUCCAAUUCUACAACAAUGCCUGUGGUCUUAACUCUGGCUCUGCUUUCAAUUACAACACUUGGGAAAACUGGAUCCUUUCCAACUCACCAAAAACCAAGAUCUUUGUUGGAGCCCCUGCUGACACCUAUGGUGCUGGUAGUGGAUAUAUCUCGGAAAGACAACUAGAGAUAUUGAUUCAACCAUUGAUGUCAAAGCAAUCGUUUGGUGGUGUAAUGCUUUGGGAUGCUUCAAUUGCAGAGGCAAACAUCGUCAAUGCCACAGCCGGAACCUAUUCUAAUGCCAUAUCCACCUUCAUGAAAAUGAUUAAUCCAACUCCAACAUCAACUACUUCUGGUACAACAAGCAGUCCAACUUCUACAACAAGCAGUCCAACUUCUACAACUAGCAAACCAACCUCCACCACUGGAAAGCCAACAACUACUACCGGUACAACUACCACUCCAGCCACCACUACAGGUACAACCAAAACUCCAACUACUACCACCAGUACAACUAGAACCCCGACUUCUACUAGCGGUACAACAAGUACUCCAACCACCACUACAGAUGCACCAACUACAUCGACAACUUCUACUACCUCAGAUUCGACCAGUAGCACAACCGGUGAUUCUUCAACAACUACUACUUCCUCUACCACAGGUGGAGAAGUUCCAAGUGAUGCCAACUCGAUUCUUUAUCCAACUGCAUUGUUCAUUUUCUUCAUUAUUAUUAAUACUUUAAUUUAA